AACUCUCAAAUCUUAACACGUGAACCCAGUAGUCAAAUGUUUACCCUAAAAAGCUGCUGUAACAAAACCCAACCCGUAUUUCAGUUCCAGUGUCUAGAUUGUCUGCAGCAAAAAUCUUGGCAAGAAUUAACAUGGCUAACUCUGAAUGGAACCAUACAGCUCUCCUGGUUAUUGACAUGCAGAAUGAUUUCAUAUUGGAUGAUGGACUGAUGAGAGUGGAUGGUGGCAAAGCCAUAGUUCCUAAUGUUAUAAAGACCGUUGAAAUGGCUAGACGGCGUGGGAUUUUCGUUGUAUGGGUUGUUCGUGAACAUGACCCGCAAGGAAGAGAUGUUGAACUCUUUCGCAGGCACUUAUACUCACCAGGCAAAGUAGGUCCCACUUCCAAGGGAAGUCCAGGUGCAGAACUUGUCGAUGGCCUUGUGAUCAAAGAAGGAGAUUAUAAGUUGGUGAAGACUCGCUUCAGCGCAUUUUUUGCUACCCACCUUCAUUCAUUUCUUCAAAGUGAAGGGAUUCAUAGCUUAGUAAUCACUGGUGUUCAAACACCAAAUUGCAUUAGGCAGACUGUCUUUGAUGCAGUGGCACUGAAUUACCAACCUGUUACCAUUAUUGUUGAUGCUACAGCCGCAGACACACCUGACAUUCAUCUUGCCAAUAUUUUUGACAUGAGAAACAUUGGAGUUGCAACACCAACAUUACAAGAAUGGUGCGAAGCUGAUGCUUGAUUUGUCAGGUGGUAAAUAUGUUUACAUUCUGUCCAAUCUUGUAUCUUUGUAUGUGUAGAUUGAUGAUAGGCCUGCGUAAUCAAAUAGUUAUUUCCGACCAUAGCCAAUGCAUCGAGUUUCUUCUGCAUAUGCUUUCUCAGUUCAACUCGAUCUGGCAAAAUAAAAGCAUUGAGAAUAUCUGCAGCACUGGUUUUAGUGCUACCGAUGUUAUAAUUGGCAUAUUAACUGUGGUAAUAUCUGUAAUUGCGUUUUACAGAAAUCCUAAGAGUGCCUGAAUUUGCCUGCA